ACUUGAACGUCAAGGCGAGCAGAACAUUCCCCAACUCACCUCUUCAAUAAUCCACCAUGGCCGAGAAACCCGAACCAGGCAACUCCCACGCCGCCGGCCUCCCGGUCUCAUGUCAAUGCGGCAACAUCAAGCUCACCACCCCCCCAGCACCCAUGGGGAUGUCCUACUGCCACUGCACCAACUGCCGCAAGCAAUCAGGCUCAGCCUUUAGCUCGUCCGUCUACUUCCCGACCGACCUCGUCUUCCCGCUUGCGCCGGACCUCGAGGCUAAGCUGGCCGUGUUCGAGCACCCCACCGACAGCGGCGGCACCAUGCGCUGCUACUUUUGCCCACGCUGCGGCGUGCGUAUCUUCCACGCCGCGCUACUGGCCGACGGCAAGACGAUGAGGCCCGUCGUGGCGUUCAAGGGCGGGGCGAUUGAUGAGGGGCUGGACUGGAAGGGGUUGGGGAAGAGACAUGUCUUUACCAGGUCGGCCGUCAUGGAGUUGGCCGACGGGUGGGAGUGUUAUGAGGCGAUGCCUCCGCCGCUGGCGCAGGCGCAAAAGAAGGAUUGAGGAGCGGAGGAGAUUAUGCGGGCAUCGGAGUUGGAGAGAUGACUAAGGCAGUACGGAGUACAGGGGCCCAUUUGGCGUUGAUUCAGGGAAGUGGAUGGUUUUAAGAAGGCUGUAUUUGGCGGCGUGUAACGUUCUUAGCCGUUCAUGAUCGGUCUCUGGUUGCCACUGAAUUGGACUGCUGCGGUUUCUGUCCUUUCUGAGUUUGGGGGGCAAUUCG